UGCGUCCUGGAGCAGAGCUGAGGAGCCCUGGGGAGUCUCAAAGUUUUGAGUCUGGAGCAGUAGCGGAGAGUGGGCUUAUUGAGAGGGGCUUUUCUUGGGAUGAAAACUGAUCUCCUGCCUUUAUUUUGGAUAAACACCCUGGUUUAUUCUCCUCAGCCUACGAUCUGAUCUCUGGACAAUCUGUCUCCUCAGGAGAUUCUCAGAUCUUCGAGGACACUGGACCCGGAGCCCUUGGCAAUUCUCUCUGAGGCAGAGGAGCGAACGUUUUGCUUCCUAAGUGAUAAGCUACACGCAUACGCACGCACACACAGGCACACACACAGGCACACACCCUCACUCGGAGGCGGAUCUCGCCCUCCGAGGCCGCGCAGUCCGCUCCCCUCCUGCGCUCAGCAUCCUCGGCCCAGCGCGCCUCGGACCACCAUGGAGGUGCUGGAGAGCGGGGAGCAGAGCGUCCUGCAGUGGGACCGCAAGCUGAGUGAGCUGUCAGAGCCCGGGGAGACCGAGGCUCUCAUGUACCACACGCACUUCUCGGAGCUUCUGGAUGAGUUCUCCCAGAACGUCUUGGGCCAGCUCCUGAACGACCCUUUCCUCUCAGAGAAGAGUGUGUCGAUGGAGGUGGAGCCGUCCCCGACGUCCCCGGCGCCCCUCAUCCAAGCUGAGCACAGCUACUCCCUCUGUGAGGAGCCACGGGCCCAGUCGCCAUUCACCCACAUCGCCGCCAGCGACAGCUUCAAUGAAGAUGAGGUGGAGAGUGAGAAAUGGUACCUGUCUCCAGACUUCCCACCAACAACCAUCAAGACAGAGCCCAUCACGGACGAGCCACCCUCAGGACUCGUCCCCUCUGUCACGCUGACCAUCACCGCCAUUUCCACCCCGUUUGACAAGGAGGAGCCCCCUCUGGAAAUGAACGCUGGGGUUGAUUCCUCAUGCCAGACCAUUAUUCCUAAGAUUAAGCUGGAGCCUCAUGAAGUGGAUCAGUUCCUAAACUUCUCUCCCAAGGAAGCCUCUGUGGACCACCUGCACUUACCGCCCACUCCUCCCAGCAGCCACAGCAGCGACUCCGAAGGCAGCCUGAGCCCCAGCCCGCGCCUGCACCCCUUUGGCCUUCCGCAGACCCACAGCCCCGCCAGGGCCCCGGCACGGGCUCCCUCGGCGCUGGCCAGCUCCCCACUCCUCACUGCUCCUCACAAGCUGCAGGGAUCAGGCCCCCUGGUCCUGACAGAGGAGGAGAAGAGGACCCUGAUUGCCGAGGGCUAUCCCAUCCCCACCAAGUUGCCCCUGACGAAAUCGGAGGAGAAGGCCCUGAAGAAAAUCAGGAGAAAAAUCAAGAAUAAGAUUUCAGCCCAGGAAAGUAGGAGGAAGAAGAAAGAAUACAUGGACAGCUUGGAGAAAAAGGUAGAGUCUUGUUCAACGGAGAACUUGGAGCUUCGGAAGAAGGUGGAGGUUCUGGAGAACACCAACAGAACUCUCCUGCAGCAGCUGCAGAAACUUCAGACUUUGGUGAUGGGCAAGGUUUCUCGCACCUGCAAGCUGGCUGGCACGCAGACUGGCACAUGCCUCAUGGUCGUGGUGCUGUGCUUUGCCGUAGCAUUUGGCAGCUUCUUUCAGGGCUAUGGGCCCUAUCCUUCUGCCACCAAGAUGGCCCUGCCCAGCCAGCAUUCCCUGCAGGAGCCCUACACAUCCUCCGUGGUGAGAUCCAGGAACCUGCUGAUCUAUGAGGAACAUUCUCCCCUGGAGGAGCCGCCCAGUUCUGCCUCAGCUGGGGAGCUGGGGCGCUGGGACCGAGGCUCCGCUCUGCUCAGGGCAAAAGGGCUGGAGUCCAGGCCGGACGUGGAUCUUCCCCAUUUCAUUAUCUCAAAUGAGACCAGCCUGGAGAAAUCAGUGCUGUUGGAGCUGCAGCAGCACAUGGUCAACACCAACCUGGAGGGGAAUGAGACCCUAAAAGUUGUAGAACUCGACAGAAGAGUGAACGCCACCUUUUAAAGAGGCUAUCGCCACCUCCCUCUGUCUCUUCACUUUGCCUUUACGUCUCCAAACCACCUUUUGUCAUAAGCUUUUCCUUUUUGCCCACCCAAUCUGGACGAAGCAGCGGUCCUGGCUCUGGAUGGGAGGAUGGCCUGGGAUUUCCGCCUGCGGUGAGAGAGCGCCUCCCCCGGUCCCAUGUCCCUCCCUGCGCAGGGGAGCUCGCCCCGUCCCUCGCUUACUGCCAGAGGCAAUUAUCUUCGGUCGGGGUGGGACAAGCAGGCUUGUUUCUACCGACAGUGCCAAAAAGAUACGGCCCGAUUCUCACCGGGGUGGGUGUGACCGCCUCCUUGAAGCAGAGCUGACUGUUGUUCACCCCACAAAAAUUUACCAGGAUGCUUGUUGGAAUCUGGCGAAGCACUGACUGACGUCCUGCCUUCCUCAGCCUGGCUCUGCGGUGCCCUGCGGGCGCCCCCUGCCGCUCUGCCCUGGGCCCCGGCCUUGGGCCCCUUGACUGGAGCAAGGCGCCCCCUUCGUACCCUCAGGCCGCAAGUGCAAUGCCUGAAGCAAUCAGGCUUCUCUACUCCAGGCAAACCUGCCCCACCAUGUUGCUUGUAGGAUUUCUCCACAGUCUGUGUCCCCACACACCCCUAGUUCUGCCUCCCUGGCUUCUCCUCCCCAUUUGUAAAUAGUAUUUAUUAGCUUGCAGAGGCUUCCCCGGCGACCACUGAAGACAUCUGGACGCCUCCCCUCCAGGCUCACAAGGUCCCCUGUUGGCCUGUGGAGCAAAGAGGGCAGCCUGGACUCUGGGAUUCCCCAUUCUUCCAGGCCGUGUUUUGUCUUGUGUUUUCUUUUUUUUUUUCUUUUUCUGGAGGCUUCUAAUUAUAGUUGGGGAACCUCCCUAAGCAUGUGUCCUUCUGUAGCAUGAACUCAGAGGGGAAGGUGGAGCCGGGCUCAGGUCUGAGGCUCUGUGGACGGGGGCUUUUUUGGUCCUGUACCCAUGCCAGGGAAGCCCUGACCCCAGGCGUUUCAGACAGCCAUGUUAGCCCAGUUUUCCCCACCUCCCCCUGACCUGUCUGCUUUCCCUUCCUCUUCUGCCUCCAUACAGAGGCGGGGCCUGAGGCCUGCUCCUGGGGUCAGAGCAGGUGACAUUUGUGUAUGUGUGUCUUACCUUUUCUAAUCAGGUUUGGCCACUUUGCAGCUCACCCAAAGAGACACGACCUAAUCCCCCAACCUACUUUUUUUUUUUUUUUUUUAAUGAUUAAGAGUAACUUUUGUAGUUUAAAGAAAAAAAAACAACUUUCCUCUUUCAUACAAAUAAGAAAUAGAAAUAGACUUUUUAUUGUAUAAUGUAGAAGACUCCCCUUAAAUGUUUUUGCCUAGCUUGUAAAAGAUUUUGUGUAAGAAAUUUGCUCACAUUUUGUUUUUUAUUUUUAGAAGUAGGUGAAGCACUUUUAGUUUGAAGUCUCUUGUCUUUGGUUUUCUCUCUCAUCUCUGUUGUCGUUGGAACCUGUACUUAAGAGAGAUUAAGCCACUCCUGGGCCCUCUGUUCCAUAUCAGCCACAGAAUUUGGCAUCAUUAGCAUUUACCAUCAGACCUCAUAAGCAGUGGACUCAUUGGACAUGCAUCUGAGCAAACUCCGGGAGAUAGUGAAGGACAGGGAAGCCUGGCGUGCUGCAGUCCAUGGAGUUGCAAAGCAUCAGAUACGACUUAGAGACUGAACAACAACAAACUCAUAAGCAGAUCUGGUACCUUCAGGGCUCACCGUCGGUGAUUCUUCUGUCUCCCUACUGUGAUGGAGAAAGUUCCGACAGGGAGAUGGCCAAGUUCCUCUUCUUGGCGCUGUGUAAAGCUGGAUCAGGAUCACAGUGGUCUCCUCUCACUGCCCCAUCCAUUGGCCAGCAAAGGCUGAGACCAGACAGGCUGGCUGUGUGGAAGGAGGGAUGCUAGUACAUUCCCUGUUCCCUUCUGUUUCUCUCUACUUUCCUCUCUCCUUCUCUUCUGUGCUAGACCUUCCUGGGUCUGACUGGUGUCUGCCAACCAAGGGCCGCUACUGUCCCAUCCCUCUCUUUAGUAUGUCAUGUAAUUAUCAGGCACUGGCAGCCCAUGGGGUGGGGUCAGGGGGGGCUAAGAAGGUGAGAAGGUAAUAUUAACUCUCGUAUUUGGAUGAUUAGAAAGUGAAACUUUUCCUGUGUCGGAACCAACUCCUAGGGCCCAUCCUUAGUGCCUUGAGGAUUUUAUUUCCUCGCUUGACCUCAUUCUCACCAGCCCUCCAAACAGCAGGGCUUGAUCUCUGGGCAGCCUUUCUUCCAGAACUGAAUCUGUGUCUAGAGACAGAGGACAUCAGCCUGAGGGCUCAAAUGGCCAUUGUAAGGGGAUCCAAGGACCAGUUGCUGCUGUUUUGAGAAAGACCUCUGCUUCCCACUCCUUGCUCAGGCAAAGAAGAGGAACUAAACAGUUACCCCUUUAGGAGAAUGUAACGGAGUCCAGAGGAUGCUGAAGAGCUGGAUAACACCAGAUUGGUUCCAAAUAGUUAAUGUGCACAUUUUCUCUUCCAGGGUUAAGCUCACAAUGUCAGUGGAUUUGUUUCCCCCCCAGAACCAUCCCGUGCCAUAGAUGAGUCAGUAAUACUUGGUUAGCCCUGAAGAUGUUAGAUAGUGGCAGGCUUUCAGCUUCGAAACCUCAGUUUUGGAAAGUUUGAGACUGUUAGCACAACUGUCAAUCAUAAAGAAUCAAUGUUCAUGAUAAAUAUAUUAAUAUAUUUUCCAUUAGGUCAGCAGGUUUUCCCCUUCUCUUCUUUUGAUUAGCCUAGUGGAGGAGAUGUCUUGUAAAAAGUUCAGAGAACAUAUACUUUUUUUUACUGGGUGAGACCUGAGUAACCCAGACUCCCCAGUGUGGUUCUAUUCACAGCUCUGGACUUUGCACUUAGAAAUGGCUACUGUAAAUGAAAGGUCUCAGUGCCAGGUUUAAGAAAGGAUUUCUGUGAAGUGUUAGGACUCUGGAGCCUAGCUCACAUAAAGAGAGUGUUAUAUAAAAAUCUGACAGCUGAACUAGGUUGCUCCUUUUGGGCAGGAGGUGGGGAUGAGUUUUGACACCAGUACAGGCAAAAUUAGAUAACCUUUUUAUUAGUAUAAAUGAUUUUGAUUUAGAGACCUAAUUUGUAGAUUGUGAAAGCAACUUUUAGUGCAGCUUAUUUACAAAUCAACUAUAAACACCGUGGGUUUUUUCCCUUCCUCAUGCCUGAAUGCCAAGAGAGGGCUGUGAUUCUCAUGUGUCCUUGGAGCAAGAGUGUUGAACUGGUUCACUUUUGUUCUGGCAGUGAGUCAGUGUCCAGAGUUUUUGACACAAGUGUUUUAUUAAAAAAAUAUUUUUUUUGCACUUGUGUCUCCUUCCUCUGUGUUCUCACACUGACCAAAGGACAGGAUGAGAGGACCCUCAGGGCCAGCUCCUCUGAACACACAUGUCAUUUGUGCAGGGUGCACGCUCAGAGACCUCCCAGUUCCCAUCGGGGAAAUGGAGCAUCCGUGCCAGCCUUGCUAAUGUGGGGAAAUGGGAGAUGGAAGAGAAGGCUGUAGCCUCCCCCUUCUCUGCCAAGUGCUCUUGUCAGUAAUUCAGUUCUGUGGAGUCCAGUCUUUAUUCCAGACACUAGCUCUCCUGCUUGCAGUGCAGACAGACCAUUAGCAGGUAGUGCUCUGGUCAAGGUCAUUUUCUUUGAAUUCCUUUUUCGCUGAGACAGUUAGGAGACAUGUGAUCGGAUAAGACCCUCUGGGAGGGCAGCUCCAGGAGAGAGUAGAGGCCUGUGAAGUGGCCAGAGACAGAGUUCAGAUUCUUCUUUCACUCACUCAUCCAUUCAUUGAGUUGUCAUUCAUUCCCAAGAAAGAGUGUUGCAAGAGGCCCUAGUGAAUAUUAGGGAAUAAGGGGCCUGAGGAAGCUUCAUUAAUCAAUAACUAUUCGAAAGGCCCAAGUGCCAGCUCGCUCUUUGCCUCCCUUCCCCUACCCCUUGCAUGGGCGCAAAUAUAGACGUAUGUAGACACACACAAGAAUACAUUCCUCCCUUGUCUUGGACACUCAUUUGUGCAUUACAUGUGCCUUAUAUUUGAAUCCAGGAUGACUGAGGGCCACCUUGUCAUUGGGAGAUUUUGUAUACACCCUUGUAGUACUAAAUUGAAGUGGGUUUGGGUGAUGAAACUUCCAAAGGCUCAAAAAUGGUUUCCUAAAAGUGAGUCUUGAUCACAUCUAUACAUCAGGAGAAAAGAAACAGAGUAACGUCCAUUAGGAAAAUCCCAUUUUGCCAAGGUGAAGUCGCAUCAAAAAAUGACCAGCCAGGAUUAAAGGUAUUAUAAAUCCUCAGAGCAGAACAUUGUCUCAGCACAGAAGAAUCCAGUGCCUUUGAGGAUUCAGACUCCAUGUCUCCAUGGCCAAAGGGUCAGUACCACCUACCACAGGACAUGUUUCAUGUUGUCAUUUUGGGUAACAGAAAAUUCAGGAAUGCUAUGUCUGGGCUUCUAGAAGGAAGGAAAAUGAUAAUUCUUGUAUCCUUACUAAAUGCUGGGUGCUAAGUAAGGGAUUCCCUGGUGACUCAGCAGUAAAAAAAUCCACCAGCAAUGCAGGAGCUGCCAGAGACAUAGGUUCGAUUCCUGGGUCAGGAAGAUCCCCUGGAGUGGGGGGCAUGGCAAUCCACUCUAGUAUUCUUGCCUGGAGUAUCUGGGCAGAAGAGCCUGGUGGGCUACAGUCCAUAGGAUCACAGAGUCGGACGUGACUGUAGUGACUUAGCAUGCACACACAUGCUAAAUGAGUCUUUUAGUGUUAUAGAAGGAGAAAACAAGGGCAACUAAUUAUUGUGAGACGAUAAACAGCUAAGUGAUAUGGGAGGUGCAGCAAUUUGUGGCUUAGGUUGAGCAGAUCUCUUUCUGCGUGAGCACGCUGUAAGCUUUGAAGUUCCUCUGGGCGGAGACUGCAGUGCCUCCUACCCCCGGGCUGGCCCCGCUGUGCAGAGUUGAGGGUUUUUUGCCUCAUACUGGAGAUGUUCAUCUCCUGUUCGGUUCAUCCCGUCCUCUGUGAGUUCCGGCUAGUAGCCUCUACAUCCUGGGAAAGCAACACCAGCAAUUUUAGCUGUUUCUCUGCUCCUUCGCUUGCUCACCAGAUGGCUGAAAACAUGAACUUUUUGCACCAUGGACCCAUGGCCUACAGUGUUCAGCAAAUCUCUCUUUCAGACGGAAUAUUUUCUGAGUUUACGAAAAACACCAGCACUCUUUGACAAAUUGUGGGCGACCGUUUUUAAACAAUGCUGAGCAGACUCUGGACUAUAAUCAACCAUGAGCUUUAAUGUUUGUGCUGACAGGCUGGGCUUUCUCUCUUUGGUAACAGGUUAUAUAGACCAGUAAUGUUUAAGUCUAAUUACAUUGUGAGUCUUAUUAUCUGUCAAUUAUCAUGCUGUUUUUUUUAAUGGCUUUUUAUUCUUUAUCAUAGCUAAGUAAAUACCAAAAAAAAAAAAGCAAAUGCUUUGUAGGAUACUUGUAUUUAGUUUGGAAAAAAAUGAAUUUAAAUUGUUAUGCUUUUGUAUUUCCAUUUCUUGCAAAUAAAAAUAUUUUUUCUUAAAUAGUAAAA